AUGAGGCGCGAUACAGUUUACAUUCCGCCGGCUGGUGAAGAUGUUGAAUUUCGGUUGGUAAGCUACAUAUAUGCUAUCCUAUUUAUGAAUUUUACUUUGAUUCUUUUAUUUGAGACCUUAAUUCUUAUUAUUGGGCAGCAAAAACGUAAAAAAAUCGAAAUUUUUUACAUUACCCUGCUUAAAGUAAUAUAAAAAUUUUGUCAAAACUAUUGUCUAAAAUAAUUGUAAAUUAAUUUUUAGACCCUAAAAAACUUGAAGAUCAAAUAUACAGGACAUAAAAAUUAGACAGAUGCCUGAGGGCAACAAAAAAACUGUUCCCCAUAGAUCAUUCCUUCAACUUUUUCUGAAUAUUCCUCUAGACUUUUGAACCAAAAGCGGUUAUAAUUUGAAGGUCUAACAAAUAAAUUGGGUCUUUAGAACAGUUCCGAUGACAAUGAUUCCUUCGCUUCGGACGAACUGAACGACGAUCUGGAGAACGCAAGAUUACCCUCAGAUCCCGGUGAUGAAUACACAUAUGACCCGCUUACGAAGAUGGAAAAAAUAAAAAUGGUAAUCUAACGUAUUCUUUUUCGUUUAUGAAGCCUUCUUUUUCAGAAAGCUCAGAGAAUCCUACCUCAUGUUGGACUUUGUAUAUUGUUAUUGGUCUAUUUGUUGGUGGGAGCUGCGGUUUUUCAACGGAUCGAAGGGCCAAAUGAAAUUAUUGUAAGUUCAAUGCCUGAGGGCAUUAUUUAUACAUGAGAUUUAAAAUUUUGUACAAUUCGAUUCGCCAAAAAAAGAUUUUUUUUCAUAUUUUUUUUAUAAAAUCCCGGAAAAUCGGUCAUCCAGAAGUAAAAAAAUUUAUCAAAAUGAUGUUUUUUUUCAACUAACAGGGGAAGUACUCCAAGUGCGACGCUCAGAUAUUCUUUAAAUUUUGCACACACGUCGGGUAUGGACUAAAUAUCAAUUCCUGAAAGUUUUAGCUCGCGCUUUGCGAGAUAUCGAACGAUUUUUGCCGCCGAGAGAGCAGGCUAAACGUGGAGAGCGGUCAGAGAGAAAAGCGCUUUUUGGCCAUAACUUUGGCAGUUUUGUGCGGAAAAAUUUGAUUUUUUGUAGAAACAUUAUCCCUUACAGUAGAAGUAGGCAUGCAAAUUUUCGUGCCGAUAUUUGGCAAAAAGUCCUUAAUUUUGGCCGACUUUCGAUCUAAAAAUCUCGGUUGUUUCUGCAAAGCGCGAGUUGGGAUUCUCGCAUAUAUCUUAGAAAAAAUUAUUCUAAAUUUGUGCCAAGUUUCAUCAAAUGAUGACGUAUUUUUUGGAAUUCAAAAAUCUUCAGACCAAAGACAAUGAGCUCCGAGCGAUUUUCGGACUCCGAGAAAAUUUCAAAGAGUCCCUCUGGAAUCUGACCCACCAUCCCGACACAGUUAUUUCCCGCGACACCUUCGACGGCAUAAACCAAGAAUACUUUGAACGACUAGUCCAGGAAAUCUUCGCCGCUUACCGUAACCAGUUCAUCAACGAGAAGCAUCUGCUCAACCAAACGGAUCAAAUGAGCAACUUGUGGACAUAUCCAAACGCUGUGUUCUUCGCCACAACUGUGAUUACGACCAUCGGUAGGAACGGGAAAAAUGUGUUGAAUGGAAAAAUGAUGAUGUUUAGGGUACGGUCAUUUGGUACCGGUGACGGAAACCGGAAGGAUUGCAUGUAUUUUGUUCGCUCUCGUUGGAAUCCCGUUGUUGUUGGUUACGAUCGCGGAUAUUGGAAGGUUUUUAAGUGAAUUCUUAAACUAUGCUCAUUUGAAACUUCGGGCUUUUAUGAAGAAUGUAAGUUUGACAUAAGUUAUUGUUACACGGGACUAAUAGGGAAAAAUGAAAAAAAAGUUUUUCUGACGUAUUGGAGGCUCCUAGCAAGGGAUUUCCAGAAAUCACCGAAAUUUUUUUGUUAAAGUUGUCCAAAAAUAACGUUUUUUAACGACCCAAGGACUUAAAACUUUGGGCUGAAUUUCUAUAUAACUAUGUGAUGAAUGUUUCUACAAAAAAAUCAAAAUUUUCUAUUCACAAACAAAAAUAUAUGGGUGAAAAUCGUUUCCUGUCUGGCCAACCCUCCUUAUUUUACGUGCUCUCUCAUAAAGCAGACCGUUGAUUACCGAGCUCGUUGAUACAGUGAAGGACCCGAUCCAGUGGAAAAAACGUACCAUUUUGCAUCCGGGAAGCAUCAAAAAUAUGGCAAAAUGCUUCCCCGUCCAAGCGAAAAAUCUUCCUUUUGAAGGACGCGCGCGCCCUUUCCCUCACAAAAAGGGCGGGCGCGCUUUUGAAAUCGGAGUUUCUUCACUUGGAGAGGGAAACAUUUUGCCACAUUUUUGAUACUUCCCGGAUGCAAACUGGUAUGUUUUUUGCCACUGGAUCAGGUCCCCCACUGUAAGCGCGAUUUUUAUAACCCUUGUCUAUAAAAUUGUGAUCGCAUAUGACCGUAUUUUACACCCCCUUCUAGGUCCGUCGCCAAUCCCGUCGUCUCUCGCAUUUCCGCCGGAAAAACAGCGCAUCCCCCUCAGCGCAAUCCACAGGCACCGCGGCCACGGAAAAGGCCGGAAGUAUGAACUUGAAUGACCUCAGAGACCCGAACAGCCUCGACGAAGAGGACGAGGAAUUCGUCGAUGAAAAUAAACAACCCUUGAGAAUUCCGAUUUUAAUGGUGUUGGUCGUAAUCCUGUCGUAUACGGCGCUGGGAGGGCUGUUGUUCCAGAAGUUCGAGGAAUGGCCUUAUAUGGAGGCGUUUUAUUUUUGCUUUAUCACAAUGGCAACUAUCGGAUUUGGGGAUUACGUCCCGACGAAACAAAUGUAUAUCGUUAUCACACUUUGCUACAUCAUUUUUGGAUUAGCCUUGUAAGUGUGGUAAGGCGUAAGGCGGUUUUAGAUGCAAAGGGUUAAUAAUGGUUCUACGCAUGUUAAAAAAUGUUGACGUCAAAAAUAUUAGGCGUAGAAGUAUGACCGUGCUGUUUUUUUAGCUGUCCAUUUUUUACAGAGAGAAUGAAAGUUUUGGUACUACUGUUAAUAUCACCUAAAAGUACGUUGAAAACACUAUCUACUAAUAUAUAUGCUUUGUGUGGUCAGGCUUAUCAUAGCAGUUUUUACAAGGCUUCAAAGGUGACCAACUUUUGUCUAUUCAAUAAAAAUGACCCGGGGCUAUUCUUAAAGCGAUUUAAAAGUCGUAAACCCAUUUUAAAGUCGAUCUCAAAGCUCAUAAAUUUUAAAGCCAAGAAAAUAUUUAAAAAAAAGAAAUUGAGCUUGCUAUGACCCUGAUUUACCCAUUAAUCUCAACAAAUUCUCUCUAAAUUUCAGAGCUACCAUGUGCAUCGAUACUGCGGGUACCCAUUACAUUCGAAAAAUCCAUUACGUCGGGACGAAAAUGGAGGACGCGAAAGGGGCUGUGAUGACGGGUAUACAUCAUAGUGAACAUUUACUCAAACACAAAGGGAUCAAAAUCAUAAAAACAGCGGGUGGGAAGAUCUAUCGAGUCAGGUCGAGGUUGUUGUCGAAGGAACAGUUGGAUUACAUUUUGAAGAGCUCGCAGUAUCAGCAAAAGAACAUUAUUUAUGAACCGUUGUCGCCGAAGGUUACGAAGUUGGUCAGAGAGAAGAAUAUUCAUGUGAGUUUGGAGGGAAAGCAUACAUAACAAAGAGCUGAGAGCUGUCGUAUUUUGCAAAGGAAGUGCUCGAACUGCAACACUCAGAUUUUGCCUAAAUUUACAGUGGGCGACCUGAUUCAGUGGCAAAAAAGGUGCCAUUUUACAUCCGGGAAGGAUCAAAAAUGUGGCAAAAUGAUUCCCUCUCCAAGUAAAGAAACUCCGAUUUCAAAAACGCGCCCACUCUUUUUGUGGGGAAAAAAGGUACACCCUUCAAAGUAAAGUUUUUUCCCUUGGAGAGGGAAGCAUUUUGCCAUAUUUUUGAUGCUCCCCGGAUGCAAAAUGGUACGUUUUUUGCCACUGGAUCAGGUCCCUUUCACUGUAGGUCGCGCUUUGAGCACCUCACCUAUAAGUUUUUUUCUUUGUUUAUUCAAAUUUUAGAUUCUUCCUGAUGACAUUUCGGAGAGUGAAUGUCGCGGAGGCCUAUUCAAUCCGGACUAUGAGAAAAAGUACAUGAAAACCUUCUUCUCCUAUGCUGAACGAUCGCCCAAUCGGAUCAAAAGAGAGAUGGUCCCAAGAGAUUCCCUGACCGAAAAGAACGCGUCCACAGUCAGCCUUGUAGCUCCGUUUGUGCUCAAGGAAAGCAAUAUUUAA